GGAUUGCCCCCGUCUCCAUGAAAUCCAAUACCUAUACUUACAUGUACAUGUAGAGCAAAGGGCGUGUCCAAUCUGCAAAGGCCGAGUUUGCCUUGUUUCUCAAACUCUAACGAUAUCAAGUCGCCGUAGGCACUUCUCAUAAGCUCUAAAAGCAGAGAAGUCUCUUUCGUUUCCUUCCGGCGCCUCAAUCAUGGACAUUGACGAUGAUGCCCCUCCAGAGCUUGUCGAGGCGGGGCAGGACAUUGCGGGAGAUGAGGUACAGGUCAAGGUUCCAAUCACCAUCGUCACAGGAUACCUGGGAGCUGGGAAAACAACGCUUCUGAACUAUAUUCUCACAGCUCGCCAUGGCAAGAAAAUUGCCGUCAUCAUGAACGAGUUCGGUGACUCCCUCGAUAUCGAGAAGUCUCUCACUGUGAACAAGGGUGGCGAGCAGGUUGAAGAGUGGCUCGAGGUAGGAAAUGGUUGCAUCUGUUGCUCGGUGAAGGACUCUGGAGUCAAUGCAAUUGAAUCAUUGAUGGAAAAGAAGGGGGCAUUCGAUUACAUCCUUCUCGAGACCACUGGACUCGCAGAUCCCGGCAACCUUGCCCCGCUGUUCUGGGUCGACGAAGGACUGGGUAGCACUAUCUAUCUCGACGGUAUCGUGACGUUGGUUGAUGCCAAAAAUAUCCUACGAAGCCUGGACGACCCAGCUGGUAAAGUUGAGAACAACCAAGGGCAUGAUGAUAGCCAUGGACCGUUGAUGACGACCGCCCAUGUACAAAUAUCACACGCCGACGUGGUGGUUAUCAACAAGGCAGACUUGGUAACCUCCGAAGAGCUCGAACACGUCAAAGCCCGAAUAAAAGCAAUCAACGGCCUCGCUAAGAUCCAUGUGACUGAACAGAGCAAAGUGCCGCAGUUGGAAGGCGUGUUGCUAGAUUUGCAUGCCUAUGACCGAGUCGAAACCUUAGACGCUACAGAGAAGGGGCAUAGUCAUCUGGAUCCUACCAUAUCCACAGUCUCCUUCAGCAUUCCAUUGCUGACUGUGGACCAGCUCCAGGAGAUAGAUGGAUGGCUCAGAUCCAUUCUGUGGGAAAGCGAGAUCCCAAAUGCAGCAACAAGUCCAGCUCACAUAGAGAUACAUCGACUGAAAGCGCGUCUAGUCUUUGAGGAUGGAACUACUAAGAUAGUCCAGGGCGUGAGAGAAAUAUUUGAGAUUAUAGAUGGACAAAAGUCUAGCACUGAUGUUAGCACAACUUCACAAAUGGGAAAGAUGGUGCUGAUUGGAAGAAACAUACACAAGGUUGACGUGGAAAAUAGCUUUCUUGAUAGAAUACAGGAUAAACCAGUGUGAAUACUCUAAAGACCAGACUGUGUUGGUGCUAAUUACUUCGCAUCUGUCACUCUAUUCAUGUGCCUAUCGAAGCAACAGGCACUGCAGUUGAUGUUUCUAUUUAAACAAAUUACUCCAAGCAGACAAACAGGGCUAAAUGAAGCUCCAUGCAAGAUGUAGGAGUACAUAUCUAUAACAAGGGCAGUAAAUACUGGGCUUGGAACGGGGAAUUCAGAUUACAAUGAUCAACUAGG